AUGAAUAAAAUAUUUUCUGGUUAUUUGACAGAACUUUCCGUUCAUGGGUUAAAAUACUUAGUCAAUACAAAACUUCUAGUUUUAGAACGUAUUUUAUGGUUUAUUUUAAUAACAUUUUCAACAAUUUUUACAAUUUACAUUUGCUUAGAUCAGUGGUAUCGUUUUAAAAAUAAUCCUGUUGUUUUAACUGUUGAAGUGAUCAAUGACGCAGAAGAUUAUCCCUAUCCGCGCCAUACAAUUUGUUUGCUAUAUGAUGACGAAAAUAUGUCAUCAAAAAUAUCAUUUACAUUUGGCAUUGAUUUAACAAAUAUAAGUUAUCCAUAUAAAGAUCAGGAGGCAAUAGAUGCUUUAACUUCAAAUGGAAAAUAUACUAGAGUUAUAACAGAAAGUGGAUUGUGUUUAACUUCAUCAAAAGCAAAUAAUUAUCAAAAUCCCGAUAAAAUAAUAAGUUCCAGAGAGCAAACCUAUAAUGAUGACGAAGAAAUAUGCUCAAGAUAUAUGUUCUGCUUCGAAUCUUUUCAAGUUGCUUUUAAAUACAAAUUUUUGGCAAUACAUGAAUCCGAUGACAUUUAUGAAUAUGAUAAAACAAAAUUUUAUGAUAAUAGUCAUACAUGUAAAAUUCCUCUUGAUCUAAGCCCAGUUGAGUCGGAAGAGUACAAGCCAACAUUUUGUAAAAUUGAAUGUCGUAUUAAGAAAGCAAUGGACCUAUGCAAAUGCAAACCUUUCUUUUAUGUGAUUGGAGAAAAGUUACCACUUUGUGAUAUCAAGGGCUUAUUAUGCUUAUCAAGAACAAAUUGGUAUAAUGUAACAAAGGAAUGUGAAUGUUUUGAAUUAUGUGCAAAUAUUGAGUACAUUAACCAAGGAGAAAUUUGUACCUUAAGUCAGGAUGACAGCGCAAAAACGAUAGUAAUUACAGUACCAAAUUUUUCUCAAAGAAAAUUAGUUGUUUUUAGUAUAGAUCAACUGAAAACUAAAUGA